AUGUCGUCAUCUGCGAGAAGGUGGAAAAGUCCGACAUCGCCACCAUCGAUAAGAAGAAGUAUCUGGUGCCCGCGGGACCUGACCGUCGGUCAGUUCGUCUACGUCAUCCGGAAGCGUAUCAAGCUCUCCCCGGAGAAGGCCAUUUUCAUCUUCGUCGAUGAGGUCCUGCCACCCACGGCUGCCUUGAUGAGCAGCAUCUACGAGGAGCACAAGGACGAGGACGGCUUCCUCUACAUUACCUACUCCGGCGAGAAAAACUUCGGCGACUGCGAGACUGCUUGAGCUUCAGAGAGAGCUUCCUUUUUGCAGCUGUCCCUCAAUUCGGACUAUGUCGGCGUUUGGUUUCUCUGGUCACAUUAUGAAUGGGUUGAA